UCAUCAUGUAACAUAAAAGUUUCCAGUAUAAUCUUUUUUCAAGAUAACAGUUAAAUUAUGACACCAGAAAUGGUUAAGAAAUAUUCUAAAGAUCAUUAAAAUGUUCUUGCAUUUGCUCGUACGCGCGCAUUUCGUUCGUAAUCGACGAACUAAUACGACAGCAUUCGGAGCAUUUCGGCAGAGACGACGAAGCAGACGACACGAAAGAAAGUAAGGUUAACUCGCCGAAAAUUUCGUUAUUAUUAUAAGAGUGAGAGUGAUAGAGAUAAAAAGAAAGAAAGAAAGAAAGAAAGAAAGAAAGAAAGAAAAAAUGGCUAGAUUGUUUACAAGAAUAAUUAAAAAUUCUUUUGAACAAGUGAUUUCACCUAGGACUCAAUUAUUAACAAAUUCAUCUUUGUCAACUUCGCGUUAUUUAUCUACUGCACAACAAUUAAAAUCGGAAAGAUGGUUUACGGAUACACACGAAUGGAUCAAAGUAGAUAAUAACGUAGGAACAAUUGGGAUAUCUGAUCAUGCACAAGAUGCACUUGGUGAUGUAGUCUAUGCUCAACUUCCAGAUGUUGGAUCUGUCUUUAAAAAAGAAGAGGAGUGCGGUGCAUUGGAAUCCGUUAAAGCUGCAUCUGUAUUAAUAAGUCCUGUAAGCGGAACCGUAGUAGAAAAAAAUACUGCACUGGAAAGUAAACCAGGAUUGAUUAAUUCAUCUUGUUACGAUGAAGGAUGGUUAUACAAAGUACAAUUAAGUCAUCCAGAGGAAAUCAAGAUGCUCAUGGAUGAAAAAGCUUACGAAUUAUUUUUAAAAUCUGGCGCUCACGAAAAUGGGAAUCGUGAAAAUCCUUAAAAAACGUAUUUACUUCGUCAUGUAUCAUUGUACGAGAAAACAAGUUAUUCUCAAUUGUACAUAUUUAUAUUAUAAAAGCAUUUCAAACACAAUCUGUUUAUCAUUCAAAGCAGAUAUAUCAUACUUUGUUCCUUUUGUUUUAUUUUUUUUUUUUAUUUUUAUUUUUUUUAUUUCUUUUAUUUAUUUAUUCUCGAGGCAUAAAAAUACAAUGGACACAAAUGAUUUAGACAUAGAUGAAUAUCAAAAAUAA